GGAUUUGCCGUUCAACGAGUACUCGUGGCUGACAACCCACAACUCCUUCUCUCGUCAGGGAGCUAUCUCCGCCACCGGCGCCCGCCUUCUCACCUUCCCCAACCAGCAGGAUAACAUCACCUCCCAGCUCAAUAAUGGUGCAAGAGGAUUGAUGCUGGAUAUGUAUGAUUAUCAAAACGACGUCUGGCUUUGCCACUCCUUUGGAGGGCAUUGCUACAACUUCACUGCAUUUCAACCUGCUGCCAAUGUCCUCAGAGAAAUUUUGGUCUUCCUAGAAGCACAUCCUUCAGAGGUGGUAACAAUAUUCAUUGAAGACUACGUCAGGUCCCCGAAUGCUCUUAGCAGGGUGUUCAAUGCAUCAGGUCUCAUGGAGUAUUGGUACCCAAUGAAUCAGAUGCCCAGGAAUGGUAGUUGGCCAUUGCUAAGUACAAUGAUCAAGCAUAAUCACCGUCUUCUGGUAUUCACAUCUGUAAAAUCCAAGGAGGCUUCUGAAGGCAUUGCAUUCGAGUGGAAUUAUGUGGUAGAAAAUAAAUAUGGCGAUGAAGGAAUGAAUUCAACCUCGUGCCCCAAUCGAGCGGAAUCAUCACCCAUGAACACCACCUCCAAAUCUCUUGUGCUGAUGAAUUAUUUUCAAACAACCCCGAUCAGCUAUGUUGCUUGUACUAAUAACCUCUCACCUCUAGUGAACAUGCUUAGAGCAUGCCACCAAUUUUCUGCCAAGCGCUGGGCCAACUUCGUAGCUGUUGAUUUCUAUUUGUUGGGUGAUGCUUCUGAAGCCGUAAAUGUUGCAAAUGGACACAUGGUUUGUGGAUGUGAUAAUGUUGCGUAUUGCAGGCCUAAUGCUAGCUUCGGCACUUGCGAUAUGCCACCGCCACCUCCACCUCCAACUCCACCACCGUCAUCGCCUGCAUCGACUUCAUCUUGGAUCCCAUAUUACACAUCCAGUGACUCAACUACGCCUGGAUUCAACAGAUUUUCACAGGUUAUAACAAUCACAGUCCUCUUGCUUCUCCUGUUCAUAACAUUCUGAGCAUCGUGCCUUAUUGUUGAGGUGCUUCAUUA